ACGAGACAAGACCGACACGGCCGUCAUGGAGGUGUUUGAAAAGAGCCAGACGGUAGACCCCGAGGUCAGAGCACACGUCUACUCGCUCAUCUCGGCUAUCGGUGGCAGCAGUACUGUCAAUGAAGGCGAGUAUGUACUUGGAGACGAUGCCCUGGCAUGUUUGAAGGACUUGUCACGAUGGAUCCGCCUAUACGACGACCGAAUCAACCGACACGAUGUCAAGAGAUGUAUGGCAGAGGCCAACUUGGUUAGAGGCGACCUGCUGCCAAUUCUGGCCCAACAAGGAGACAAGAGCGACCGCAGCGUCCUCGCAACAAAAGUCGCCCUCAACUGUCUCGACCUGCUCAACACACUGACAUGGCCAAUCGAACGCAAAGAAGAGACCAUGACCAUCAAUGUCCACCGACAUCUUCCCUACAUCAGACUCGCCCAAGUCGAAUACAAGCGUGCCGUCCUCCACUGGGAGUCUGCCCAGAUCCUACGAACCGCAAUCAGUGUCGCCAUUCCUGCCAUAACACAACCCAGAGCCGACCGUAAUCCCAGAGACGACUCCAUCAUCGGUGUCGUGCUCUACUUCCUCCGAAACGUCGCUAUCAUCGCACAGCCUACCGACCUUCCGAGUCAGGGCGACGACAAUGACAUCAGCAGACUGGAAACAAUCCAGGCUUACCAUGAACAAAACGUCCUACAACUCCUACUUACUAUUGCUUCAAGUGUUACCGAGGAGUACCCCACGCACGAUGUUGUCCUCCUGGAGAUCCUCUUCCAGCUACUCAAGGGUAUCGACCCGAAGGACCUGUUCAAGAACGAGAUGCAACUGCAAGAUGACAGAAGUAACAAUCUCAAGGCUUUGUUAGACAAGGAAAAGGCUAUGAACGCUUCCUACGGAAGGAACGCUCCUAGUCGCCAUCACCGCUUUGGAACCAUGAUUUGGGUGAAGCGACCGGAUGAGAAGGUCUCGACCCUCAGUGGUCAAAACGUCAUCUUUGAUGAGCAAAAGACUAUGCACCAGAUGGAUCAGUCCAAAAUAUGGAACAAGCCAAAGCCACGCAAGAAGAAUGCCGAAGUACAGGACGAGAACAACGACUUUGACAACAAUGUGAAACUCGAUGAGCCUACACGAAACAUUCUACGUCGUUUUGUUGAAGACUUCCUGGAUUCAUCCUUCAACCCUCUGUUCAACAGUCUCCGUCGCGCCCUUACCGCUGAAGUCGAGCGGGCUCAAAAAUACAACACUCGCCAAUACUACUAUUUGAUGGGCUGGUUCCUACAAGCAGAACGCGCUAGGCAAGACUUACUGAAGCGCAACGGCAAAGUACACGACGCGGCUGUAGAUGAUUCACCCUUCGCCUACAUCGCUGCUGUCAUGACACAAGAGAACUUCAUCCUGCUAGGACGCAAGAUACAGCAAAGUCUGGACGACAAGGAAUGGUCCGACUUGCACGCUUGCAUGCGAGCCUUCACUCAGAUUUUGUUGACAGUUGCUGCCAUGGCAGAUUCUGCUUCCGAAGAUGAUCAGGAGAUUGCCGAAAACAUUCAAAAUCGAAUCUUCUACGAAGAAACGACACACGACCAGGUCAUUGCUGUGCUCAGGGGCUACAAGGACCAAGGCUUUGCCUUCUUAGACGCAUGCACAGACAUGUCACACACCUUUUUGCGCAUGCUUGAACGCUAUGCCAAACAGAAUGUUGAUAUGCAAGUCCGUUCGAAAAGACGUGCCAGGAGAAAGCGCAGAGUCGAGGCUCAGGCCAACGGUGCCGAAGACGAAGGCGCAGCGUCCGAAGCCGAAGACCAAGCUGAUGCUCAGCGCGCUGUAAGCGAACGUAAAUUCGACUUCAACAGAUUUGCUAGCAAAUUCAUGACCGAGAGUGCCGUCAACACUUUCGUCCGUUUCACUACCUACUACAGAGAUCUGGAUAUCGAGCAGCUGAAGCGUUGUCAUCGCUUCUUCUAUCGCUGUGCUUUCAAGAUGGAGCGUUCAAUCUUCUUGUACAGAGUCGACAUCUUGCACUUAUUCAAUCGCAUGAUCAAGGGACCGGAAGGCUUGUCUAAGGAGAUGCCUCUGUUCAAAGAGUGGGAAGAAUUGGUCAAGCAAGUCUUCAAACGCUGUUUGAGAAACCUGGAUCAACGCCGAGAACUCAUGGUCGAAAUGCUCUUUACGAAAAUGCCAAAUACAAUAUUCUACCUCGAGAAUGGCUAUGACAUGGAGAUCACGAAAGCAAGACCCAGACCACCGGCUGAACUGAUGGUAAAGCCUGGUAUGGACCACGAGCAGCAGAUUGCCGUCGCUGUCAGUGUGCUUCUCAACCAAGGCAAACUGGAUGCUUUGGCUUGGGUCAAAGACGUCCUCAGCUCUGCAGCCGAAGAUAGAAAAUCUUGGGAAGAUCUGCACGCAAGCAUUGAAGACAGUGCUAAUGCAGAUAACUCCAACGCUGAGAACGAGAACACCGAUGGUGCCACUAGUCAAGACCCCGACGCCCCUGUCGCAUCCGUCGAACCCGCUAUUCAAGCGGACAAACCCAAACCUCCCUUCAUCACCAUCAAACCGGACACCGACGACCGCAAACUCAGUCUCUUCAAAGACAAAUUCCUCCGUCUCCUCCUCAAACUCCUCUCCCUCGACCGCCUCGGUGAAAACGACGACCCCGACGCCGUCUGGAUCGUUCCUUCCUCCGUUCCUUCCUCCCUCCUUCUGUCCGACCUUGCCUUGAUCAGAAAAUUCGAAUUCGAUCUCCCCGUCCUCGAAGGCGGUGUAGCACCCGAGUCUCUUCUUAGAAGUAAGAGUGCGGCUGGUCUACACGCCAGAGCUAAUAGAAGUGCGGCUGCUACCGCUGUGAACAGUGAUGAUGAAGGUGAUACAUUAUCCGAUCUUGACGAUCAAGCUGCUGCAUUGUUUGAACCUGGUGGUCCAACCACAAGACCUGCGGGUUACGAGAAGCCGAAGAAGAAGAGAUUGUUACAGAGAAAGGCGCCUGAACUUACAGAGGAGGAGAGGAUGAUCCGAGCGGCUGAGAGAGAUGCAAGAGAGAAAGAGAAGAAUGCGAAAGUCAAGAGUGCGUUGCGUAUCACAGAUUCGGACGACGAAGAUGACGAGGAAAGGGAUGCGGCGUUCUUUGCAUUGGAAGAGCAGAGAAGGAAGAAAAUCAGCGGUGUUAUAAGAAAUGCAUUGCUGACUGAAGUGGAUGAGUCUGCUGGUGUAAAGGGGAAGAGAAAGGCCAACGCGACGAAAGAGAAGGCGGCAAAGGGCAAGAAGAGAAAGACCAUCACGAUUGAUAGUGACCAAGAGAGCGACGUUGACGAGGAUGAGGAGAUGAGAGAUGUCGGUACUGUUGAUCUGAUCAGUGAUGCGGAGGGCGUAGCGGAGGAUACGCCCAUGGAUGCGCCAUCACCAGCGAAGAAUGGCCCUGCUGCUGCUUUGGUCGAUGAUGACGACGAAGAGGAGGAUGUCGUUCAAACCAGACCCGCACGCGCAAGAGCGAAUGCAAGGUUGCCAUUCUUGGAUGACAGUGACAGCGAUUGAUCGGCCCCCUCAAAUUUGUUUCGAGCGUGGAGUUUGGGCUUAUCGGAAUCUAUGAAUAAGGUAGAUAGUGAAUGCAUCAUUUGUAUGUAAGGACAUCAAAUAUUUCUAUAAACACAAAUGUCUUGAUAUACCA